GCCCGUCCCGGUGCCGGCGGGGCGGAGCGGAGCGGGGCGGGCAGCAUGGUGGUGGCGGUGGCGGGGCGGCGGGCGCUGCGGGCCGGGCUGGCGCUGGGCGCGCUGGCGCUGGUGCUGCAGGGGCUGCGGGGCUGGUUGGCCUCCAAGCGGUACGAGUUCAACCCGGCCGAGAUCGCACAGCUCGCACGGCACCACGCUGGGCUGGACCAUGAGCUGGCUUUCUCAAGGAUCAUUGUGGAGCUACGGAAGAAGCACCCGGGCCACAUCCUGCCAGACGAGGACUUGCAGUGGGUGUUUGUGAACGCGGGUGGGUGGAUGGGCUCCAUGUGUCUCCUGCACGCCUCGCUCACUGAGUAUGUGCUGCUCUUCGGGACGGCUGUUGACACUGGGGGCCACUCAGGUCGGUACUGGGCAGAUAUCUCUGACACUGUCAUCUCGGGGACCUUUCGGCAGUGGAAGGAGGGGACCACCAGAAGUGAGAUCUACUAUCCAGGGGACACCAUCGUGCACCAGGCAGGAGAGGCCACGUCGGUGCAGUGGAGCGCAGGCACCUGGAUGGUGGAGUAUGGCCGGGGCUUCAUCCCCUCCACGCUCGCCUUUGCCCUGGCUGACACCCUCUUCAGCACUCAGGACUUCGUCACCCUCUUCUACACCCUGCGUAUCUACGCCAAGGGCCUGCUCCUGGAAGCCAGUGCCUUCUUCAGCACCAUGGGCUGCUGAGCUCAGCUGCCGGGGCGCCCUGCUGUGCACAGCUGGCUCCUCCCAACCUUCCUCUCCUCCCAACCUUACUCUCCUCCUCCUCUUCCUCCCUGAGCCCAGGCUCUAGCAGAGGCAGCAGGAGACCCCCCCCAUGCCUUCCCUACAUUGCUCUGUUGUUCCCCGUGGGCCAGCUGGGUGCCAGGACAGAGGGACUGUGGUGGUCACAGCAAUACAGACCGCCAGUUCUCUUCA